AAAGAAAGAUACAUUUUCAUCUAUUUAUAUUAUAUUGUAUAUUUUAAAACCUAAACCCUGAACUUUUGCGUUAAAAGUGGUUUAUUUUCGUAGUUAUUAUUACCAAAGUACCAUGUGAUCUCGGCUUGUAGAGUUGUACGUUACAUCUAGUAUAUUAGGCUUAUAGACUUGUUAUAUUGAAGUUAAAAUAUCACUGGUGGUAUGAUACUCAGUUCUGACUUAGUAAGUUAAGCCUAAUUUUCGUUUCUGGGCGACAUUCUAGUAUAUAUAGAUACGACUUUUUCUCAUAGAAAUAGUAAAUUAAACUACAUCGUUAACAUUACGACACACUAGUUUCUGGAAAAUUAUCAUAAAACGUGAGGUACACAGGUCAGGAGAAGGAAAUCACAAACAAUAUCAUAUGGUUUAAUCUAUGAAGUUGAGAAAAAGGAAAGAAAAUGACAUCAAUUCAUUUUGUAAUUCACCCAUUACCUGGAAAUGAAGAACAGUUAAAUGAAAGACUUAAAGAAGUUGCAGAUAAAAUUAAUAAAGUGGGUAUAACUAGGACGGCCGUCCCAGAUCAACUGAAUACAGCUGUUGUGAAACAGUGUGCUGUGGGACCUAACCAUGUGGCAUUUUUACUUGAGGAUGGAAGUGUGUGUCGAUUGGCAUAUGCUGUCCAAAGUGACAGGCUGGACUUGAAUGAAAAUGAAGGUUCUAAAGUCUUGAAUCUUAAAGGUAGUUCCACUACACAGUCAAGUACUAGGGCACCAACUCGUACCCGUGGGCGAAUCAUGAGAACAACAAGUAGUAGAGGACGAGGCUCUAGUGUAAUUAUGGGAUCUCGACCUGUUGUUCCAACACCCUAUGUUCCUGAAGAACUUGUCUCUCAGGCUCAGGUGGUUCUCCAAGGGAAGUCUAGAAAUGUGAUUAUACGAGAAUUGCAAAGAACAAACUUAGAUGUUAACCUUGCUGUUAAUAACCUGCUGAGUCGUGACAAUGAAGAAGGGGAAGAUAUGGAUGAUAGUCAAGAUUCUUAUAUGCCAGGUGAUGACCUGAUAUCACUUCUAGAUGCAGGUAUCCACAGUGAUCAUCCAAGUGUAAUCAUUGAUGCUGAAGCUAUGUCUCCAGAAGACAUGUUUGGAUACUCCAGUCUUAGAAGUCGUUCUGGUAGUAGAGGCCGCUCAGGAGGUGAGAGAGAGAGAGAUCCAGACCGUGACAGAGAUAGCAUGUUUCGGCUUCGAGAGAGACAGUAUUCAGGUUCCCGACGCUGGUUAGAGUCUGCAUUAAGGGACAGUGGAGCAGCAGACAAAGUUGGGGAAAGCAUUGGGCUUGUGGACACCAAAAAACGUGAAGUUGGCGAUAGUAACCCAUUAUGGUUAAGUGAUGACCUUGAGUAUUGGCCAGAUAAGCAAUCAGGUCUCAAGUUUACCCAGAUAGCAGCAAUAUAUUCAGAACUGAUUGCUGUGAGUGCCACUGGUCAGCUUUAUCAAUGGAAGUGGAGUGAACCAGAACCAUAUAGGCACCCAGAGAAUCCCACUAUCUUUCAUCCAAAAACCAUCAGUUUGGGAUUAGUUGGUGAGAAGAUUUUGCUUCUUGCAGCUAGUGGUGUUAGGGCAACAGUUGCAACAGAAACGGGAAAACUUUCUACAUGGAUGGAUGAAACCUUGUUAUCAGUUUCUUCCAAACUGGAGCAUUGUGCACAAGCCUUUUCUGAAUUACAACAAGAAAAAAUCAGUUCUUUACAUGUGUGUUCUUUCUUUACUUGUGCUCGUCUGGAGUCGGGUCAUAUUUAUUGGUGGGGUGUGGCUCCAUUCAGUCAGCGAAAAAAGUUGUGGGAAAAAGUUAGAACCAAAACAAAGAAACACAAGAGUGCUACCUUGUCUUCAGAAAUCACAGCUGGUGUUCAGGUGUGCAUGAGAAACAGUCCAAUGUAUCACCCAGGUGCCUUGGCUUUUACUACAGCUGGUGGUGUUCCCAGAGUUGGACAGUUAGUAUCAGCAGCUUGGAACUUGACAGAUGUUUGUCACUUUCGUCUUCUUCCACAGGGUGGCAGUGAAAGAAAAUCAGAGUUCCGUGAAUCCAAAGAUGGAUGUAAAGCAAGUGAGAACAAAUCAGACAGAAUUGAGAUGCCUCCUCCUCCAUCUCCAGCUUCAUCAACUUGUAGUGAACCAGCUUCAAGCCCACUUCCUCAUAAACGUAAACAUAGACAGAGUGCUAUGAAAGAUGAUGCAGAGAGGAAAGAUGAAGAGGCCUGGGUGCUGAAGGAUGUAAUAUUUGUUGAAGAUGUAAAAAAUCUCCCAAUUGGUCGAGUCUUAAAAGUAGAUGGAGCUUAUGCUGCUGUUCGAUUUUCAAUGUCUGUUAAAGACACCCCAGUAACAACUGACAGAUCAGGGGUGCCAUUAAGUGCAUCAAAUUCAGGAAAUGGUGAGGACAUUCAAACUGUUCUUCAAGAUUGUCGGCUUCUUCGGAAAGAUGAACUCCAAGUAGUGAAAGGUGGAACUACACCACGAGUCCCAGACUGUUUCCAGCGAACUCCUAGGAAAGUUAACAUUCCUGAUUCUGGCCAGAUCCUUGCUUUCAGCGUAGAUGCUCAUGGAAUCCAUGCUGUUGUGAAAAACAAUAAUAAGCUGAGCUAUGUGUUGUAUAGCUUGGGAUCUGGAAAACCUGAACAAGACAGUCCUUUUCCUACAGACACUCAGUCUUUCCUUGGAAAAGACCCACGACUUGUAUCUCUAUUCUGUUGUGGAGAGAAUGAAAUGGUGACAUUAUUGCGUGAUGGCAACUGUGCUAUCUACCCACUGGGUAAAGAUUGCACUGAGAAUAUUAAAGACCCUGUUUGGCUGGACAUGCCUCCAGCAAGAGUUAUUGGUCUUGGAGUUCAUCCUUUGAAAGAUGUAACAAACAAUCAGAAGAAUCAAGUAUCUGUCAUUGUUUUGGUACUAGAGAAUCAGACAUUGUUACCAUCUAUCCUGAAGUGUGACCCAGAGGGUGUUAGACAGACUCUUGUGUCUUUUGAAGGUGAUCGAAAUGCUGGUUCCUCAUCAUAUAGUCAUUUGAGUAUCCAAAAUUUGUUGGAAGAGAGAUGUGAUGGAAAUCGAAACAUUCUUCAUGCAGCUGUAGCUACUUGCUUCCCAACAUCAAACAGAGAGCCAGAAGCAUCAGAUGGCAACAGUAGUGGACUUGAUUCUUUUGACUUCUUAUCUGCUGGCAGCUUGUCAUCACGAAAUAUCUGCUUGCGAGAAAUGAUGAGAAAAGCCAGUUCAUCAACACGUAACUUACCAGGAUUGGAAUCGAGAGAAACAGAUCGAGAUGCAGAUGUUCCUAUUCCAACUUUGAUUUGGCCACCUGAUCCUUCAUAUAAUACAUCAGGUCCCGUGUCAUCAUUAGCAAACCAAGCUCCAGGUGUUGAUGUUGGAGAGCGUCGUGGAACUGGCUUGACUGUGUUGUGGUUACUAUGUGAGUCACAAGUAUUGAGACCCUACUUGAAAGAUCUUCUUUCUGCCAGGGAUGGUCAAGGGUGCACUCCAUUCAUGUCAGCUAUCGCUGGACGAGCAUACCCAGCUGCACUCCUCCUUUUAGACACUGCUCAGCGUAUCGCCCAAGAAGUAGCUUCUGAUGUGGAGCUUCAGAGAAAGAUUCUUAUGAGUAUGAUUUAUCCCAGAGGUUCCAACCCAGAUGACUCUCCACUCCAUGUGUUGUGUUGUAAUGAUACUUGUAGUUUUACUUGGACUGGGGCUGAGCACAUCAAUCAAGAUAUUUUUGAAUGUCGAACAUGUGGCUUGACUGGGUCACUCUGUUGCUGUACUGAAUGUGCUCGUGUGUGUCACAAAGGUCAUGAUUGCAAGCUAAAGCGCACAUCUCCAACAGCUUAUUGUGAUUGCUGGGAAAAGUGCAAGUGUAAAGCAUUAAUCUCUGGACACCAGAAUGCUCGCUACCAGCUUUUGAACCGGCUAAUAUCAGAGACAGACUUGGUAGCAAAUCCCAACAGCAGAGGGGAGAGCAUCCUUUUGUUUCUUGUCCAGACAGUGGGACGUCAAGCUGUUGAACAACGACAGUACAGACCUUCACGUCCUCGUCCAUCUGCCCCUAGAAAAACUCCAGCAACAGAACAGGAAACAGAGAUGCCUGACCAUGAUUUAGAACCACCCCGAUUUUCUCGGCGAGCUCUAGAAAGACUUUUAAAUGACUGGAGUGCUGUGAGAGCCAUGAUGGUGUCUGGAAGUCAAAAUAAAAAGAGAACAGUGGAAAAUGCUGCUAAUCAACAGUUGUAUGAAGAACAAGCCUGUCUGAAAAGUCAGAAUGGAACAGCUUUUCUGGAUAAGUUCACAUACUGCUUGCUGGUCAAGUGUAGCAUGGAUAUGCUGGACACGUUAUUGACCACAUUAAUUCGAGAGAUGCAAAAUGAAUCUGUGCCUGGUCGGCGUGCUGAAGCACGAACAGUUGCUCAGUGGUUUGUUCGAUCUGUGACAAGAAUCUUUGUUAUUUUAAGUGUAGAAAUGGCCCCAUGCACUGGACGAAAGAAAAGCAUUGCUGGAGUAUCUCAGCCAAUAGCCAAAUGCCGACGUGUUUUCCAAGCUCUGAUAACACUAGCUGUAGAAGAACUUUGUGAAACAGCUGACUCUCUCUUUGCUCCAGUUCGUCUUGGGGUUGCACGACCCACAGCCCCAUUUUCUCUUGUUUCUUCUUGCAUUGAUGCUGUGCAGGGUUCAGAAGAGCUGUUUGCUGUUGAUCCUAUGCUGACACGUAGUAGCCAGCAAGAAGCUGUUUCUCAAAUUAGUGGUGCAGGUGAUACCCAGACAGUCAACUUGGGUGUUGUGGGACAGGCAGAAAGUUCAGGAGAUAGGGUAGAAGAUCAUGAGGUGGAUGUUCUUCAAGCUGUAGAGGGGGAAGAUCCAGAUCACGAGGAAAGUGAAAGAGAUGAACCAGCAGAGGUAUCUGAACAUGACAAUGUACAGCCUGAAAACCAUGAUGAUGAAAGUGACAGUGAUAGUGACAGCAACCCAGAUAGUGCAUCAUAUCAAAGUAACCAGGACAACACCAGUGCUCAACGUAGUGCUACUACAGGAGCAACUGCUGGCUCAGAUACAGGUGUGGCUAGUUUACCUUACUUCUCAGAAGAUGAUUCAGCAGAGUCUUCUAAUGCUGAAGAAGAAGAAGAGAGUGAAGCAAGGGAGACAGAACCUGACACUGAGGAACUAGCUUUUUUAGACGAACAGCUGGAGAGACGGACUAGUGGUGGAGGGGCAACUGGCCCAAGACCAAACCUAGCUCCUCAACACAUGCAAUGGGCAAUACGCCAGAGGGAGCAAAGUCGUAACACAGUCACUGCUUCUGGAUCUGGUGGGAUCAUUUACAUCGAUCAUUCCUCGCUUCGACGCACUACAAAUGCAAACACGUCUGUUGCUGCAGCUGUUGCUCAGGAAUGUGCUGUUACCACAACAACAACUUCCGUCUCACUGGCUCGAGCUUUUGCAAUUGUAAUUCGUCAGAUUGCAGAUCUCCUGACUAUGCUACAAGAUUACACUGCCCUUACUCCAAAUUUAGCUUGUGUUCUAGAUGUACCAUAUCAAGAGUCAGACAAUUUACAGUAUUACCUGGAAUAUCGCUUGAAACCCACCUGGGAGUGGCUUACUACAGUUAUGGACUCCACUGAGGCCCAGUUACGGUUUGGAAGUGCAUUGGCUAACAUUUCUGACCCUACUCAUCGCUCUCAUUCAUUGCCAGUUCAACAUAUUCGUUUUACUCGACGUAAUGAAGACACUCGUAACCUGCAAGUGCUCGACACCCGUCGCCGUGGCCGGUUUACACAGACAGGGUCUGACAGUGUAUCAGCUCGACGAGAUUUUCUGUCUUAUGCUCUUUCCCUGAUGAGAGCUCAUCAUAAUGAACACUUUGAUUCUCUUCCUGUGAUUGACAUAUCUUCCCUUAGGCAUGUGGCUUAUGUGUUUGAUGCUCUCAUCUAUUACAUGCGGUCUGGGUUAGAUGGUGCUGCAGGAGAUGAUCUUCGUGAUGGAUUGUCUCUGGAUGCUUGGAAUGAUCAGGAUGAAAAUGAUAAUGAGGAUCAAGAUGAUGAUGAAACUCCUUCUGUCUUGAUGGACAUCUACAAUGCAGAAGAUGACUCUCCACUUUCUACAUCCAAGGGAAGAAAACAUUCUUUCUUCCAACGUUCUGAAUCUACUUUGUUUCUUGGCUGUCCUCCUCCUGAUCCCUUUGCCACUCCAUUGUCUGAAGCCUUACCACUAGCAGACCAGCCCCAUCUGUUAACCCCUAAUGCUCGAAGAGAAGAUCUUUUCAGCACUCCACGACAAGCUGGUCCCAGUACCAACACAGGAGAAACCAUUCAUGACACUUGUUCUGUAUAUAACCUCUAUGAAAACUUACCAACCAGGCUCGGCUUGUCUAUAAGGAAUGAUCUACACAGCCAGCAUUUCCCCUUGUAUCCUUUCCAUACUGUGGCUUCUACUUCUGUUACCAAUAGUUCUAGCUGUGGACCACUUCCUUCUGCUCCACCUCUUCCUACUACACUUCCUCCAGUUCCACCUCCACCUCCAGAACAAGAAUCAACAGAUUUUGAGAUGACUAGUGUCACCCAGACACAGUCUCAACCAACUUUUCCUAACAAUUCAUUUUCUAUUGCUUCUGCUACUAACACCACUUCAAGUUCUGCUGUGGCCAGCGAAGGAUCAAUUAGUGCUGAAUGGUUUCCAUCCCUGUCUAGCAGAGGUAUGCCUGGGACCAGUGGACUAUACUCUGGAAAUGAGUCUAACAACCAAUCAGUUACACCUUCUACAGAGAGUUCAAGAGCUCCGAUCAUUGUGGCUGCUCCUAGCAAACGGGAGGCUCCAUCACCCGUGAAGUCCAGUGUUAUUGUCCAUGCUGGAUCUUUCAGACCUUCAAGUACUGUGACGUCUGAUCAGAGUUCCGGUAUGUCUCACUGCACAUCAGCACCAAGUCCUGUGGCUGAAGUCACUAUUACUUCCAGCUAUCUGUAUCCAUCAACAACCAUGUCCAAUACCAGUAUGUCUACUUCCAGCAGGGUAGAUUCUGGUCUCCUCUGUCAAGAAACGUCAUUAGGCUCAGGGCCAGGAUCAACUUCAGUCAGAGCUCAAAACACGUUUGGCCAACUAGUUUCUCAUGAUGUGUUACUGGGGAGGUGGCGACUUUCUCUUGAACUCUUUGGUCGAGUAUUUGUAGAUGAUGUGGGUGCAGAACCAGGCUCUGUCAUUAGUGAACUAGGUGGUUUUCCUGUAAAGGAAGCUCGAUUUAGGAGGGAAAUGGAAAAAUUACGAAAUUCUCAACAACGAGACUUGAAUUUGUCAAAGGUUGAUAGAUCCAGAACAACUUUACUGCAACAAACCUUUAAAGAACUAAACACCCAUAAUAGCCGGAGAAUAGCAGGUAGCACUCCACCUCUGGCAGUGUCUCGUGUUAAAGUGACAUUUAAGGAUGAACCUGGUGAAGGAAGUGGAGUAGCACGCAGCUUCUACACUGCUAUUGCAGAAGCUGUACUUUCACCAGAACGACUUCCAAACUUGAAAAAUUGCCAGGUUGGAAAUAGAUCUUUACAGUAUAACCUCAUCCAGCGUCUGCGGCGAGCCAAUCCUUCCUGGAGACCCCUGGAAAGUCGAGAGCGGGAUUCCCAGCUCACCUUGCGAUAUGAUGCUCCUCCCUUUGUUAUGCCUGGAGAAGCAGGUAGCAGUGGUCAAGCCAGUAAUGAACAUCUCAGUUCACACAGACAGCAGCUUGGACAAAGACUCUACCCUAGGGUACAUACAUUAAGACCGUCUUUGGCGGGUAAAAUCACAGGGAUGCUAUUGGAAUUGUCAGCAGCACAGUUGUUACUUCUUUUAGCUUCAGAAGAUGCUCUUCGACAGAAGGUUGAGGAAGCUGUUGAUAUAAUCUUGUCCCAUGGAAGAGAUUCCAGCUCAGAAGCUCUUCUAGAUCUCGAUGUGUUUAACUUAAGUGAUCGAAGCAGAAGAGGAGGAUCCUCUCGUCGAGCUGACACAGAGGAUGAGGACGACCUUGAAGAUAAUGCACCUUUAUUCUAUCAACCUGGUAAGCGAGGCUUCUACUCCCCACGACAAGGAAAGUAUACACCAGAACGUCUUAAUGCUUUUAGAAAUGUUGGCCGGAUUCUUGGUCUUUGUCUUCUUCAAAAUGAGUUGUGUCCCAUCUUCCUGAAUCGACAUGUGAUUAAGUACAUUCUUGGCAGACGAGUUGGCUGGCAUGACCUUGCAUUCUUUGACCCACUUCUCUAUGAAUCCCUCCGACAAUUAGUCUUAGAUGCAGAAUCAAAGGAGUCUAACAGUAUAUUUUCUGCACUUGACCUAACCUUUAGCAUUGAUCUUUGUCCUGAAGAGGGUGGUGGUAGUGUGGAACUCAUUCCUGGUGGAAAAGACAUUAAAGUAACAGCCCAGAAUGUGUAUGACUAUGUGCGACGUUAUGCUGAGUAUCGAAUGGUUAUAUCUCAACAGAAAGCAUUAGAGGUACUUCGGACUGGUGUGUAUGAUGUUUUGCCCUCUAACACCCUAGAAGGUCUGACAGCUGAAGAUUUUCGUUUACUACUUAAUGGUGUUGGUGAUAUAAACAUUCAAACUCUGAUUAGUUACACAUCCUUUAAUGAUGAAAGUGGAGAAGGAGGAGAGAAACUUGUCAAGUUCAAGCGUUGGUUUUGGUCAAUCGUUGAGAGGAUGGCUAAUCAUGAGAAACAAGACUUGGUAUACUUCUGGACGGGUAGCCCAGCUCUCCCAGCAAGUGAAGAAGGGUUUCAGCCAAUGCCAAGCAUCACUAUCAGACCAGCAGAUGACCAGCAUUUGCCUACUGCCAACACUUGUAUCUCUCGGCUUUACAUCCCUUUGUACUCGUCCAAAGCUAUCCUUCGCUCUAAACUUCUUUUGGCUAUUAAAACAAAGAACUUUGGUUUUGUAUGAAAUGUCAUAUUUAGCUUGUUUCUAUGUAUGUGUGAAAGUAUUGUGGGUUACAUAUCUUUUCACGGGAACACUAAACUGUCAAUUCUGAUACAAUAGACAUUUCUGUUUGUAUAAAGUAAAAGAAAUGAUUGUCUUCACAUUUUGUGUAUUUUGAUGUGUGAUUUCUUUGUGUUGUUACUUUAUACAGAAAAGCAUCUUAGUCCUAGGAGCUGGUAAGUUAAAAAACCUGACACAUGUACUUAGACAUACAGAUUCACACAUUCACCAACUUUUCAUCACAAUUUUUUCCUGUUAUAUUUAACACUUUUAAAUGAGCUUCUAGAAACUAGUGGCAUCUCUUUUAGAAAUAGACAACUGUUGUCAUUUGUCCAUCAUCAUUUUGUGUUCAAAUGGUAGCUAAAUUUUUAUGAUUAUUAUUUCUUGUCUUUAUUGUAGAGUCGUGCAUAUUUAAAAAGGAAAAGAAAUCAAUUUACAUGAACUUUACUGUAUAGCAACCUUUAUUUGAGUUAGAUUUGUCUUGUAUUCCUUAUCACUGAUUCAACAUUCAUGCACACUGUUUUUUGUUAACCACCUUUAGAUUUGAGUUUCUCUUGUAUCUCUUACCACUAAAUCAGAAUUUCUGUAAACUUUAGUCAAUAACUUUUGAGCUGGAUUUGGCUUUUAUCCCUUAACAAUAAAUCAGGAUUUCUGUAAACUUUACAUAAUAACUAAUGAGUUGGGUUUGGCUUGUAUCCCUUAUCGUGUGAUCAAACUUUCCAUACAUAGUUGUUUUGUCAGCAAAUUGUGUGCUGGAAUUUGCCUGUGUUCUGUACUAUUUAAUCAAAUUUUAUGUAUUGUUCUUUAGUAGCUAACUUCAUAUACUGUGCACGGUACCAUUAAAUCGAGGCUCGUGUAUACUGCUUUUGAUUUACCAAGUUGUGAGCUAGUUUGGUGUUUGUGUCCAUUAAUACUAUUUCAAGACUUAAAACACCAUUGUAGUUACAAACUUGUGAGCUAGUUUUGGUUUAUGUCUGUUGCUACUAUUUCAAGACUUAAAACACCACUCUAGUUACAACCUUGUGAGCUAGAUUUGGUUUGUGUCUGUUGCUACUAUUUCAAGACUUAAAACACCACUGUAGUUACAACCUUGUGAGCUAGUUUGGGUUUGUGUCUGUUGCUACUAUUUAAGACUUAAAACACCACUGUAGUUACCACCUUGUGAGCUAGUUUUGAUCUGUGUCCCUUUCCACCAGUUCAAGACUUAAAACACCACUGUAGUUACCACCUUGUGAGCUGGUUUUGGUUUGCAUCCUUUACUACUAUUACAAGACUUCAAACACCACUGUAUUUAUCACCUUGCAGGGUUUGGUGUGUGUCUGUUAAUACCAGUUUAAGAUUUAUAAACACCAUUACUUAGUUACCACUUAGUGAGCUGGUUUUGGCUUGUGUCCCUUACAGAUAAAUCAAGAUUUAUGUACACCACUAUUUAGUUACUAACUUGUGGCUAAGCUUAGUGUAUCUGUUCCUUACCACUAAAUUAAGCAAAGUUUGACCAAAACUGUAUAGAAGUUUUAUAGUACGUAACUGUGUAAGGAAAUUUACCAAAUAUUCAGAUUGUAUGAGGAACACCAGUGAUUAAGAGGAAGUAUUAAGUAAUAAACAAUUUUUGUUUUUUCA